CCGUCAUAGGAUCCUGACACCAGACGCAGUGGCGCCGGAAAGCUUGAUACUUCAUACAGCAUUCGGAACUUUGCUCCUGCAUCGAAUUCGUUUCUUCCACUCGAACAAGGAGCGAGCAAAAAGUUUUCACCAUGCCCAAGAACAAGGGAAAGGGAGGAAAGAAUCGUAGACGUGGAAAGAACGAGAACGAGGGAGAGAAGAGGGAGUUGGUCUUCAAGGAUGAAGGUCAAGAAUACGCACAGGUGCUCAAGAUGCUGGGUAAUGGCAGACUAGAGGCGCAGUGCUUUGAUGGAGAAAAGAGGCUGGCGCACAUUCGAGGAAAGCUGAGAAAGAAGGUGUGGAUCAACCAAGGAGACAUCAUCCUCCUCUCUCUGCGCGACUUCCAAGAUGACAAGGCGGAUGUGAUUCAAAAGUAUUCGGCAGACGAGGCGAGGGACUUGAAGCAGUACGGCGAAUUGCCUUCGGAUGCCAAGAUCAACGAGACGGACACGUUUGGUGGAGAGGAUGGAGAGGACGAUAUCGAAUUCGAAGAGGAUUCGGGCGACGAGGAUGAGGAUCUGGAUGAUCUUUAGAGCGCGCGCGCGCGCAUGCGCGCAAGGGCGACCUCGCUGUCAAGUCUUCUUCACUUUGCGAUCAUUGUCCGCCUGGUUUACGCCUCGUGGUGCGCUCUGCCAAGAGGCGGGACUUGUCCAUCUCCUCCCGACUCCCAUGGUCUGACCUGCUGUACAGCUACGUCGCGCUGCGUUCCACUCGUGCUACGGCAUAAUUUUCAGUAUUCUCAGCCGUUCUGUCUGUACACACACACACGCACACUCCCAAAAUUCGAUUCAUGAUCAUCGGCAA